CUCAAGCUUUAAGGCCGUUGUCGAUGGGGACGAUCUUUACGCCUAGGUCGAAGCAAGCUUCGUCACUACCUGUAACUCCUGUAGCUCAUUCAAAUCCAGAAUCUACACAUGAUGGAAGCAAGGGAAGUGAACAGGAAUCAGUAAGAAGGGGCUCUCAGAAACGGAUAUCACGCUCCCUUUCUCUUCCAGUCAAUAACAAGGGUAGAAGCAUAAGGAGGACGGAUUCAUUUUUUCGAGUAAUUCCUUCGACCCCACGACCAAAGGAAGGGGAUACGACAUUGAAUACUUCUACAACAAUAGAAAUAGUCUCAUCACAAUCUUAUGGUCCAGAAAAUGAAGAAAGCAAUGGCGAAGACAUCUCUGAAGAAGAGGCUGUCUGUAGAAUUUGCAUGGUUGACUUGUGUGAAGGAGGUGAGACUCUAAAGAUGGAAUGUGGCUGCAAAGGUGCACUUGCUCUGGCUCACCAAGAAUGUGCAAUCAAAUGGUUUAGUAUCAAGGGAAAUACAUCGUGCGAAGUUUGCAAGAAAGAGGUCCUAAACCUUCCUGUAACUUUGUUAAAGGUCCAGAGCAUUCGAACUCGAGUAUUUGGGGGAACUAGAACUCAGCAGGACAAUGUCAAUAUCCAUAGGGUGUGGCAGGAGUUUCCUGUGCUUGUGAUUGUUAGCAUACUUGCCUACUUUUGCUUUCUUGAGCAACUACUGACGCAGGUUGCAAAAAUGGGCACCAGUGCAAUUUCCAUUUCACUUCCAUUUUCUUGCGUUUUGGAUCUGUUCUCGUCGAUGACCUCCUCGACCAUGGUGAAGAGAAGAUACAUAUGGGUAUAUGCAACAGUUCAGUUUGUUAUGGUGGUUCUCUUCUCACACAUAUUUUACACUGGUUGGUAUCCAAGCAGUUUUGGCUAUCAUACUGGCUACAUUAACCGGGUUUGACCUCAUUAUGAGUGGAAGUUCAAUUAUUGUUGAGUUUUUAAGAUGGAGAAUACGAUGGUGGCUUACAUCAGCACAACAUCACCACAACUCUCGGAGAACAGCACAACCAAUACGAUCAUCUAUAGCUAUAAGUUCAGUGCACCAUGCCAUACCCCGACAACAUCCCACGGUUGUUGAAACAUUAAGCAGAAGCUGAAUUGAGACGGUGUUGGCCAAGGUGAAUUAUCUUUUUUUUUUAAGCAUUAUCAUUGUUAUAUGUACAAUUGAGUCUAGGUAGUGACUUCCCUGAACCAUAGUUCCCAUGUAAGUAAAACUUUAUGCCGUGGUUCUGAAAGUUGUCAAUUUGGCAAAAGUUGAUGGAUAUAUAAGGAACACACAAGAGAAUGAGAGAGUGAAUCUAAUCCAUUGCAAAUCUUAAACAAAUCCAUUAUACAUAUGUGGCUUUCUUGUGA